GGGAAAAGAAAAGCAAUUAGUGGUUGAAAGGAAGAUUCAUAAAUGGCGGCGGAAAAGAGUAAGAUUCUGAUCAUCGGAGGAACAGGGUACAUCGGAAAGUUUGUGGUGGAAGCUAGCAUCAAGGCCGGCCACCCCACCUUCGCUCUAGUCAGAGAGACCACCGUUUCCGAUCCCGUUAAGGCCAAGCUCGUCGCGAGCUUCAAAGAAUCAGGCGUUACCCUAAUUGUUGGCGAUCUGUACGAUCACGAAGGAUUGGUGAAAGCGAUAAAGCAAGUGGAUGUUGUUAUAUCCACAGUGGGUUCGUUCCAGUUAGCCGAUCAGACCAGAAUCCUCGACGCCAUCAAAGAGGCUGGAAACAUUAAGAGGUUCUUCCCAUCUGAAUUUGGAAACGAUGUUGAUCGUGUCCGGGCUGUAGAGCCAGCGAAGAGCACAUUUGAAGUGAAGGCUAAGAUCCGUCGAGCCAUUGAAGAAUCGGGAAUUCCAUAUACCAUUGUGGUUAGCAAUUUCUUCGCCGGUUAUUUUCUCCCCACCUUAGCACAGGCCGGACUUACCUCUCCACCAAGAGAUAAAGUUACCAUUUUUGGUGAUGGAAAUGUUAAGGCUGUAUUCAACUCAGAAGAAGACAUUGGGACAUACACUAUAAAAAGUGUGGAUGAUCCAAGAACAUUGAAUAAGAUUCUUUACAUCAAGCCACCUAACAACAUAACUACAUUCAACGAUCUUGUCUCCCUAUGGGAGAAAAAGAUAGACAAGAAGCUCGAAAAAACCUACAUUCCAGAAGAUCAACUCCUCAAGCUCAUUGAAGAUUCUCCUUUGCCACUCAAUAUCAUAUUGGGCAUCAGCCACUCCACGUUUGUGAAAGGUGAUCAGACUUAUUUUGAGAUCGAGCCUUCAUUUGGAGUGGAAGCUUCUGAACUUUAUCCCGAUGUUAACUACAAAACCGUCGAUGAAUACCUUAACCCGUUUGUUUGAGAAAUAUUUCAAUCUAAUUUCGUUUAUCAUACGCAGCUUGGUGUUGAAAUAAAGGUGCUUGCUGGACAUUGUUAUUACAGUAUUAAGCUGGAGGGUCAUGUAAUGCAUACCAAUGAAUUAGUGCUGAAUGUUAUGUAAAUGUGUGAGUGUUUUCUAUAUAUAUUAAAUAUGAAUUUCCAAAUUGAUACAA